CAACGCACAAGCCACCGGAAGUUUAAUCUUCGUAGCGUUCAUGUGGGUCUCUGUUAACAACAAAGUGUGCUGAAUUUCUGUUACCGUUUGAAUACAGAUAUACACAAACUUUAGAUUAAAGCAUGUCCGAUAACGAAGAUAACUUCGAUGAUGGAGAUUUUGAUGACGCCGAGGAGGAUGAGGGGUUAGAUGAUCUGGAAAACGUGGAAGACGAUGACCAGGAGAACGUGCAGAUCCUCCCCGCAGGGGAGGGCCAGCAGGCGAACCAGAAGAGGAUCACAACUCCAUACAUGACCAAAUAUGAACGGGCCAGAGUGCUGGGAACACGAGCUCUGCAGAUAGCGAUGUGCGCUCCAGUUAUGGUGGAGCUGGAGGGAGAAACAGACCCACUGCAAAUAGCUAUGAAAGAACUUAAGAGCAGAAAGAUCCCCAUCAUCAUCCGCAGAUACCUUCCCGAUGGGAGUUAUGAGGACUGGGGCUGUGAUGAGCUCAUCAUCACUGAUUAAACAACUUAUCUACCAGAUCAGUUGGUGCUGGUUCACAGCCACCGUCGUAACUGGUGUGGCAGCUACACAAAUGCAGUGGAGGCGUCUCCUACAUGUCCAGUCCCAGAUUCAUUCAACAUUAAUCUCCGGUGACUGCACAGGAGGUGAACAGUCUGAGGCUACUCAACGACUCGAAAUACUGCAAAACAAAUUAGUAUGUUGUUUAUAGGCUUAUAAUCUUAUGAAUGGCUUUAUUAUGUUCCCAGUCUAAUUCUGUUGCUCCUUACAGCCCGUCAUUGUUUUAAGCUGGUAGCUACUGAACUCAUUGUUUUAACCGCUGCAUUACUCUUAAGAGCCACAAGAGGGAAAUGGAACUUAGUCAAAAACUUAUAAGUUUUACAGAAGCAUCCUGUGUUGGAAGUACACCAUUUGUGUUUUUGAAAAGAGGCGAUAUGUAUGAAAGUACUGUUUUAUUGUGUUAAAUAAAAUGUUUUGUAUAAA